AUGUUUACUGGUUAUGUUAUCCCACCAAGGCCACAAGAGCAUGAUGAUCUUAAGACCUGCAUCAUGAACUUGGUUAGUGAGUUCGAACAGAAACCAGAUGAAAGCAAAGCUAUCACUCAAUUAAGCACUAGAUAUAAAAUCAAGAGGAGAAGGCUAUACGAUGUAAUCAACGUUUACACAUCUCUAGGCUGUUGCCAGAAAACAUGUCUAGAUCAUGUAAUUUGGCUUGGAAAAGAGAAAAUUAUUCCAGGACUAAAGGCAUUAAUCAUCAAAGAAGAUAUAAAUAAUCCAAAUAAAACAUUAGAAGAAUUAUUCCCGGUCAAUGGCUGCAUCGGAAUUGCGAAUUUAACCUUGUAUUUCCUACUUUUAUUUUAUGCAUUGAAAUCUAACAAAGUUGACAUCAGAUUUGCAGCACAGUUUUUCUCAAGGGGAACAGGUCGAUAUAAAACAACGUUAUGCAAGCUUUAUCAAAUCAGUUACAUUUUAAAUGCAAUACACGUUACAACGAGAUCAGAACAAGUUUGCGAGGUCAUAUUAAAUCCUCCAUUUAUAACUAGCCAGGAUAUAGUCGAUGAUCCUGUGCCACAGAAAAACAAUCUCGAUAGUAUAAUGUCAAUCGAACAACUCCUUAAUCGCCCGAUAUUUACAAAUACAGAUAAUUACGUAAUACGCAGACGCGAAGAAAUGAGAGAAUGUUUUGUUAAAAAUAUCUCUGCAAGAGAGGCAGAAGCGAAAAUUCCAGCUGGGGAAGAAGAGUAA